AUGCGCGAACACCCUGAGAUAGGAAGGAGAUUUUUGAAAUUCCCCCGCGGUGCUUCCUCGGAAGUCGCCUCUUCUCGUCCUCCUUCGACUUCCCAGGGUUGUUCGGCCCGUCCAGGUUUUCCCGUCUUCUCGGGUGUUUCGCAAGUUCAAACGGACCACCCCGGGUGGAGCCCUCCGAGCACUGUCUAUUCUCAGCCUUCCUCGCUUGUUUGCCCCUCUCUGGGACGAGAAAGAGAAGCUGGCUCUGUCUCGACCUUCGCGUCGGGAGAUUGCUAUGCUUCUGACCCCCUUCACGGACAGCCGGUGCGUUCUGCGUUGCCCGAGGAGCCUGCCUCGCUCCCUGCUCGAAACUCGAGAUCUGGAAAGCAGCGAGCUGGACACGCGCUCGAGGCUUUCGUCGCUGCGACAAUUCCGCCUCCUCCCUCAGUGCCGCCUCCGCCGCCUCCAGACAACUUCGCCCUUUUCGCUCCACCUGGGACCUACGCGUCUUCGCUCUAUUACGCCCAAGUGCUCGGCGGUCAGGCGAAUUCCGUUUUUUUCGAGAACGUGCACGCGGUGGACCCAGCUUACAUGCACGGCAUAAACAUCGCUGCGGAUGGGUCCAACCCCGGGAGGGGUUUAACCGAGGAACGAAGCGACUUUUGCCAGAUCGCCCACAAGCAGGAAGCCAUGCUUCAGCACUUGCGCCCCUUAGUUCUUUGUCGCCACUCGCCCUAUCCUCUCUGCUUAAGUCCUAGCCAAGCGGCCGCCGCGACAGAGCUGGGAGUGAUUUACUUUUCACCAAACGCUAAGCGAAAAGAAGACGAAAGAGAAAGAAACGAAGCGCCCGAAUGGGAAGGAAAGGACGGACAUUUGGGGGUUGUUGAACAAACGGUACGUGUGGCCGGAGGAGGCAUUCCAACCAGUCAUCUUGCGGCAAAUGACCACACGAAUUCCCCUAGGGACAGCCACGUGGAGGGAGAUGGUCCUGUCGGUGGGAGACACAGCGGCGGCUCUUGCCACGAACUUCACGACUUUGCGGAGCCUAGCGAGAAUGGGAACAAAAGAGCCAGGAAUCAGACACAGGAUAGUCUUGAUAGGAACGAUAGAGAUGAUGUUGAAGACAGCCACUGCGGCGAACCGCGUCUGCCUAGCGAUGCUCCGGAACCGCCUGACUCUACGCAGACGGUCAGUCCUGCGCGCGAGAGUCGUGAGAGGAGUGCUGAUUCGAAUAGACGCGCUGCCGAGCCUGGGGGUAAGAGCCAGCAGGCCGCGAACGCGGGUAGUGGGGACUCUCCUCGGAGUGGAACCGUGGACACGGAGAGGAACUGCGGGAGCAAGACUGCCUUUUAUAAUGAUUGUGAGGAUGAGAACAAGAGUGACGGGGUCGGUAGGGGGCAGAGGGAUAUCCCGACGCAAAGCACCAAUCACGAGAGCAGUCUCGCUGGCAGCAGCAGCCGUACCCCGCGUAAGAAGCGAGGGAGUGACAGCGCGGACAAGGAGGCUACCCGUGUCCGUAAACCUUUUAGGCAUGCGAGUUGGAAAGACAAGAACGCCGCUAGCUCUCAGCAGCGUGACGCGCCUAACGAGGACAGCCUUUCGAAUGGAGUGUGGGCUGAGGCUCGCCACGUUAGUGCUCAAGUUAGAGUUCGUGUGAACCCGUUGUUGGGAAUGCAAAAAGCCGAAGCCGCGGACGACAGCGCUUCUCCCCGGCAGACUGGAGACGAGGAGACAGGAAGAGGGACGGACCCAGUCCCAUCAGAAGCGUCAGAUCCACAAGAGGUGGAACAAGAGGAGAGGGGGGGUGAUGGGCGCGAGGAGCGUUUGGCGAAAUCAGAAACGUCGACCGCGGUAGAAAAGGGCGAAGCGGAGAAGGAAGAAGACGGCUUGAACGGGAGGAAAGGCAACGUGUGUCUCGCCUUUGAAAACCCGAAAGAGUCGCAGAAGAAGCAUCAGCUGGCUCGGUCGCCCCAGACGCCUGCAGCGCCUUGCUGUUCUCGGCCUUUGGCUAAACCUGGAGAGGAAGGCGCGCGGGAAGAAAACCCGGUAACGCACUGCUUCUGCGAACCGGGAGUCGCCGAUCAGCCGCAGGAAGCAGAGGAUGACAGGGGCGAGUUCGCGUCGGGAAAAAAGCGACGCAAUGACCCAGUCGCUCCUAUGAACGGCAGUGGCGUCGUGUUCUCUCCGGAGGAAACAGAAACUGGCGGCAGUGCUCUAAUGAGAAACGAGAACGGCAUCUCUCCCUGCUUUCACGCUGCUGGGAAGCGCGGGGACGCGGAGGACAGGAACGGAGGUCUUUUGGACUCUGAGAAGAGCAUAGGUGCCUCAGGGCGGGAAGGCGCUGGCAGUCUCCCUCCCGAUAAAGGAGAGAAAUGGUAUGAACAGGAUCCGGCUGACACGCAGAGAGGAGACCGAGACUUCGCGACGCAAGAGCCUUCUGUGACCCGCCCCUCGGGUUCUCCCUUGUCUUCCAGUCAGUUUAGGAAAGGAAAGCACUCCGCAAAGGGACACAGGAAAUCCAGGCUCUCCUUCGGCUCCGCCAGCCACGCAGUAUACAGGCCAAAGAAGACGAGAGAGGAAAGCGAGGAACAGAAAACGAAAAUAGCUGGAGAGACGCAUGAGUUGCAAAGGCGUGGCAGAGGAGAGGCGUUGGUCUACCACUUCUACGAUCCUGCGACUUGUACGUGGACUGAGGUGCGUCGGGCACAUGGCGAAGCAUUGACCGGGCAACGCAAGGGAACCUAG